AUGUACAGCCUCAGCAACGUCGCCCGCCACCAGCUGCCCAGCUCGGCGGCGCAGGGGGGAGGAGGCGUCUACGUGCUCGACCUGCAGCGCACGGGCGGCGGCCUCGUCGCGGCCCUCGCCUCGGACCGGAGCCUCUCGCUGCUGGACCCGGCGCGCCUCGGCCAGGGACCGCCGGCCGCGGCGUGGAGGGCCGACCACGGGGGGGCGACGACGACGCUGCGCCCGUUUGGCGCCGGCGAGGGGGCCGCGCUGGUGUGCACGGCGGGCGAGGAUGGGACGGUGGGCGUGUGGGAUGUGAGGCUGAGGGGGGAUGCGGCCAGAGUUGCGCACUUUCGAGCGAGCGACGCGCCCAUCCUGUCAAUGGCCUGCAGCGCAAGCACGCCGACCAUUGCCGUCGGGACCGAGCUGCAGAACCACACGGCCUCUAUAUUCCUCUGGGACGUUCGCGCCGCGCCCACCGCCCGCGCGCACUACGACCAAGCCCACAGCGACGACGUCACGGCGCUCGCCUGGCACCCGUCCGACCCGGCCCUUCUGCUCAGCGGCUCGACCGACGGCCUCGUCAGCCUGCACGACACGCGCAUCGCCGACGAGGACGAGCUGACGCUGCAGACGCACAAUCACGACGCCUCCAUCCACCACGCCGGCUUCCUCUCCGACUCGCUCGCCUUUGCCCUCUCGCACGACGAGCGCUUCGCCAUCUACGACGUCGCCCGCGACGGGGACGACGCCGCGCCCACCAACCUUCCUUCGGGCGACCUGAGGGCCGUCCUCGGCUGUCAGUACGUGGCCGACGUGACGCCCAAGACGGACGGGAGCGGCGCCAUUAUCGGCGCCGGGUCGCACGACCGGCAGAGCUUUGAACUCGUCUUCCUGGCCAAGGACCCCGCAGGACAAUCGUGGGUGCUGGACAAGAGCAACAGCGUGGGACUUCCGGGGGCUCACGGGGACGAGAUUGUGCGGUCCUUCUGCUUCUUUGACCAAGAGCAGCUCGUCUUGACGGCGGGCGAGGACGGUGCCGUCAAGGCCUGGAGGCCGACUGGCUGA